AUGUCUGAAAACUCGCUCGACAAGAACGUUCUGGAUAGGAUCCAAAAGUGUCUGAGUCGUGCGUAUCACGCCAACACUACGGAGGGAGAGGCCAAGGCCGCACUUUUCGUAUCCCAGAAGCUCAUGAGUCAACAUAAUGUGACUCAAGCGGAUCUAAUGGUUGGUGACGACAGCGUAAAUAAGGCAUGCUACGGCGGAAACAGCGUCGUGACUAUUACAAGGCAGGCAGGGUCUUCCACGCGCGUUAUGACGGAGACGUUUGUGGACAAAGUGGCAAGAGCAAUGUGUACCCUUUUCGACUGCAAAUAUUUUUCUGAGGACGAUUGGUCUUCCGUUCACUGGACCUUUUUCGGCAUUGCAGACAACACUAUCGCCGCCGCAAUGGGAUUCGAAAUGGCGCACAAUAAAAUUCUCGAUUACCGUGUCGGUGUUGCGGAUGGGCUUGUUGGCAUGGCCAAUCGGGAAAAACAAAGAGAGCUUCACGAAGCAAAGCGGAAAGAACUGGAUAUGUCUGAAAGUGGGGAGCGUGGAGGAGGAAGAGAGUGUCGACAAGUUGACUGCCUUCGCCACCUUCCGUCUCUGGGUGUGGACAACAGCGGCAGAAACCCUUUCAACGAACUUCUCGGUCCAAUAAACACAGAUACCGACCAGAUCAGCUCUGAUAUUGAAUCUGUUGAGAGUGGUGAUCUCCAUACGACAGCAGACUUCAGCGAGCUAGAUAUGGGUAACAAAAAAAUGACCGGAAACGUGGACGAAGAUAUCGACAGAUUUGUGAAGAGGGAGGCAGCCCAGUCACCCAACCCCAACAACAUCCCGAAAUUCACCAUGGACUCGAAUUCAACCGCCAAAUUGGAGCCCAAACAAGGCGCUCUGGAGCAAAUAUCCAGCUCUCCCUGGGAAUCUGGAAUGCACAAAAACAACAUCGAACUUCGCCACUCGAAAACACGGCCAUCAGUUGUUCGAGAUCGGGAUGCUUAUCGGCAAGGAUGGAAGGACAGUGCGAAAAUCAACGUCCGCCAAUGUGCCGCUUGA